UUCCGCCGGGCGCUGGUGCUGUGGCGGCGGUGUGCGCGCUCAUCCCGUACCGGAGGCGGCUGGGUGUCCCGCGGCAGCAUGGCGUCCCUUUCCCUUGCUCCCGUGAACAUUUUCAAGGCAGGUGCAGAUGAAGAGAAGGCAGAAACCGCUCGGUUGUCAUCCUUUGUUGGUGCAAUUGCUAUCGGUGACCUGGUCAAGAGCACUCUGGGACCUAAAGGCAUGGACAAGAUUCUCCUGAGUACUGGCAGGGAUAGCACGGUGACAGUGACCAAUGAUGGUGCAACAAUCCUGAAAGCUAUUGGAGUUGACAACCCAGCUGCCAAGGUCUUGGUUGAUAUGUCAAAGGUUCAAGAUGAUGAAGUUGGUGAUGGAACUACGUCUGUCACAGUAUUGGCAGCUGAGUUACUGAGGGAGGCAGAAUUGCUGAUUUCAAGGAAGAUUCAUCCUCAGACCAUCAUUGCAGGUUGGAGGGCAGCCACAAAAGCUUCCAGAGAGGCACUCUUGAAAGCAGCUGUGGAUCAUGGUGAUGAUGAAGUGAAGUUCCGUGAAGACUUGAUGAACAUUGCAGGAACGACUCUUUCAUCAAAAUUACUUACUCAUCAUAAAGAUCACUUUGUCAAGCUAGCUGUAGAAGCUGUUCUUAGAUUGAAGGGUUCUGGAAACUUGGAGGCUAUCCACAUCAUUAAGAAACUUGGUGGAAGUUUGGCCGAUUCUUACUUAGAUGAAGGCUUUUUGCUCGAUAAGAAGAUUGGUGUAAACCAGCCCAAAAGAAUUGAGAACGCAAAGAUUCUUAUUGCAAAUACUGGUAUGGAUACAGACAAGAUUAAGAUUUUUGGCUCUCGUGUUAGAGUGGACUCUACAGCAAAGGUUGCAGAAAUAGAACAGGCAGAAAAGGAAAAAAUGAAGGAGAAAGUAGAUCGUAUACUUAAGCAUGGAAUAAACUGCUUUAUUAACAGACAGCUCAUCUACAACUAUCCUGAACAGCUUUUUGGGGCUGCUGGUGUCAUGGCCAUAGAACAUGCAGACUUCGCUGGUGUGGAGCGUCUGGCUCUUGUUACAGGUGGUGAAAUUGCAUCAACCUUUGAUCACCCUGAGCUGGUAAAGCUAGGAAGUUGCAAGCUUAUUGAAGAAGUCAUGAUUGGAGAAGAUAAACUCAUUCAUUUCUCUGGUGUGGCAAUGGGUGAAGCCUGUACCAUAGUUCUGCGUGGAGCAACACAACAAAUUCUAGAUGAAGCUGAGAGGUCUUUGCACGAUGCUCUCUGUGUUCUUGCACAGACUGUGAAGGACACCAGAACUGUUUAUGGUGGAGGUUGUUCAGAGAUGCUGAUGGCUAAUGCUGUUGCAGAACUUGCCAUCAGAACACCUGGCAAAGAAUCUGUUGCAAUGGAGUCCUUUGCUAAGGCUUUACGAAUGAUCCCAACAAUAAUAGCUGAUAAUGCUGGCUAUGACAGUGCAGAUUUGGUUUCUCAGCUCAGAGCUGCCCACAGUGAAGGGAAGACAACUUAUGGACUUGAUAUGAAAGAGGGGAUCAUUGGAGACAUGGCAGCACUGGGAGUAACAGAAAGUUUCCAAGUCAAGAGACAAGUUCUGCUGAGUGCAGCUGAAGCAGCAGAAAUGAUUCUUCGUGUAGAUGACAUCAUUAAAGCAGCACCCAGAAAACGCGUUCCAGACCAUCGCCCAUGUUAAACUUCUCCUGGCACCUGAGACUGCGUGGACCAGAUCUCACUUAGUAAUUUUUUUUUAAUGAUUUAGUUUUUGUGAGGUUAUGGAACAGAAGCUUAAGAUGAGCAGCUCCAUCAACAAUGGCAAGAAGAAAGUGUUUUCAGCUUCUUUUAACUUAUUUCGGUUCAUGUGUGUUGUGGGUAAGAUUCACUUCCACAUAAAACAUGGGCUUUAUACACCGUACAGCUUCUGUUCCUUUCCAUGUUCCACUUAAGAUACACAGAAAUAAAAAAUAAAAUUCA